UAUAUUUGUUUACAAAUGGAGGAUACGUGCAACUUUUUAUUUUCUUAUGCUAUACAUAUGUCAUCCACAUACCCUGCUUUCAUAAUCAAAUAUAUGUUAAUAUAGGCACAUUUCAUAAAUGAGCUCAAUUAAAAAAUGCCCUGUUCCAGACAUAAAAGAUAAACGAGAAAUACUUGGUGAACACUUGUAUGUCAAAAUUUCGCAUAUUAUCAACACAGUCACAGGACAUGUACAAGUAUCUGAAAAUUCAGAACUCAUUAGUAAAGUAACUGGAAUCCUUCUUGAACGAGAAGAUGAUGAAUUAUUGCGUAUGCUUAGGGAUGACAGUUUCUUGAGAAAGAGAGUUGAAGAAGUUGUAUCCCAUCCUGACAUACAACCUAUACCAGUAGAUCCAUAUGAGCUAAAAGAUGACUCAGACCAUACAUCAUCCACAAAUGAAGAAUUUUUGUUUGAUUCUGUCCAAUCUCUUGACAGUGAACACUGCUCUAAAAUAACAGGUAUGAUCCUGGAAUUGGGAAAGGAAAAUGUUGAAGUCUUGUUGCAAGAUAAUGAAAAGUUACAACUGGCUGUAGAGAAAGCCAGAUUAGCCAUUAAUAGUAGUGAAAGAGAUUUUAUAGGAGAGAUGUUGUACCAGAAGAUUGAGACAGUAUAUCCAGAACAUGUAGAGAAAAUCACAGGAAUGUUGGUGGAGAUGGAGACAGAGAAACUGAAGGACCUUUUACAAGAUGAACACUUACUAAGACAAUGUAUAGACAAAGCUUAUGCAGCAUUAAAUAAAGUAUCAUGACACUAA